GGGGGGGGAGAGAGUGGAUCUAGUAGCAACCACUGAAUAGGCGGGGCCAGGAGCUGUGAAUCAACCCCUGCAACCACAGAUAAAUGAUGGAGCCGGGUGCCAUCCAUGGUCUAGCAGUAUGCUUUAGUGUCUGGACAUGACUUUCAACUGGCCAAGAAUUAUAUUGCAGUGUCUGGAUAAGCCUUAUAACUGGCCAAGCAUUUUACAACACUAUCUGACAAGACUUUCAGCUGACUAAGCAUUAUUCUGUGUAAGUGACAUCGUCUUUGUUGCAAGUUCCUGGAAAUAAACGAUGGCAGUUGAUGGACAAACGGAGAUGAUUAGUUGCUCAGACUUGUCAGGAAAGUCUUCAUUGGAUGAGCACACAAGUGUUGAUACGAGGGGAAAAGCGUACCAGUGUACAGAGUGUCAUAAAUGUUUUUCCUCUAAAGGGAAUCUUACCACACACAUGCGUAUUCAUACAGGAGAGAAACCAUAUGGGUGUCCGGAAUGUGGGAAAUCUUUUAGUCAUAAAAACACACUUGUGAUGCAUACGAGGGUUCACACUGGAGACAAACCUUACCACUGUACAGAGUGUCUAAUGCGUUUUAGUGUCAAAUGCAGUCUUGUAAAACACAUGCGAGCUCACACCGGUGAAAAACCUUAUCAGUGUACAAGCUGCCUGAAAGCCUUUGCCCACAAAAGCUAUCUUAUAAGACACAUGCGGGUUCAUACAGGAGAGAAACCAUUUCCAUGUUCUGAAUGUCUGAAAUGUUUUAGUGAUAAAGGGUCUCUUGCAAAACACAUACGUACUCAUACAGGAUAUAAACCCCAUCAGUGUCCAGAAUGUGUGCAGUGUUUUACCACUAAAGGGAAGCUUGUAGGACACAUGAGAGUACACACUGGUGAUAAACCAUUCAAGUGUUUGCAGUGUGAGAAAAGCUUUAAGCAAAUGUACACUCUUGUAACUCACAUGCGUAUUCAUACAGGAAGUAAACCAUUUAACUGUUCUGAAUGUGAUAAAUGUUUUAGUUACAAACACAGUCUUGAGGCACACAUGCGUGUCCACUCGGGAGAGAAACCAUACAAAUGCUCAGAGUGUCUGAAAUCUUUUAGACAAAAAGGCAAUCUUAAAACACACAUGAAAAUCCACACAUGUGAGAAACCUUAUGAAUGCUCAGUGUGCCAUAAACAUUUUAGUGAAAUAGGCAGUCUUGUAAAACAAGAGAGAAUUAACACUGGAAUUACAUCAUACGAGACUUCAGAGUGUCUGAAAUGCUUUAGAGUUAAAAGUAGACUUAUAGAACAUGAGUGAAUUCACAUAGGUGGUAAGCAUGUGCAUUGUCAUCCAGAUGGUAAUUCUUUAAGAAGUGUGAAAUGUUUAGUAAAGAAUGCAGUCUUGUGAAACUCCGGAGAGAAUUCAUGUUAGCGUUUAUAAAGUGCACAUGGUUGUAUGUGAUGAGAUUAAAGUGUCAUGAACACUGAUGAAGAGUGAAAAAUUGAACAAGACAUAAUAAAUGAGAGAAAAAAAAUUGCGUUAGUGUUUUGAUCUCGAAAACUUUCCUUCAACAAGCUCACCUGCCGAAGAGGGACUCUUGACUGAUACCUAAAUAUACAAAUUUCUUUACCGGUUUUUCAUUGCCGUGUCCAAAUUUUUUUUUUAUUUUUUAUUUUUUUCAAGUUUAUAUGUAAGUUGAUGUAACACGUACAGUAAUUCACUUGAGAAAAAGCAAGUCUGUAUGUAGUGUAGUGCAUGUACAAGCAAUUUUUAUCUUCAAAUGGUAUGUAUGACAAUUGACAAAAAUUGGGCAAUAUUUAUUUCAUUCAUUUUGAAAGCCCUUGGUUAUGCAUGGCAUUUUCUGCAGUAUAAAAACUUAAAACUACUCAAUAUUGUAUAGUUUUAAGUUAGAUUGUAUGAAUUCUAGGUUUAGUAUAUCCAAUUAUAAUAAUAAUGUUUAGUAUAAUUAAGUUGUCUGAUGAUUAGACGAUUAAAUGUAAUAAUUUUUAAAGCAACAAAACUCGGUACACUUAAACAGUAUUGAUAUGAAGGUACAGUAAUACAUCCUUUACUGACAAAUUUUUAUUAUAUUUGUUAUUAGGGUUAGAAAUUUAGUGGUAACAAUACACAUAUGAAUAUGACUGCUGACUGUAAUCUGGAGAAACAGUUGUCUAUUACAUGUACAGUAUGUGAUCUAUGUAAAUUAACAUGUUUCAGGUGUAUUUUAACUAUUUUGAAGCAGUUGAUGGAUAAGGAACUAAGAAUUUUCUGAUAGAGUUCCUUAUUUUUUUGGCCAUUUAUUUGCAUGGAGUUCCUACUCAGGUUGAAUUGAAAUGUGGGAUAUCAAAAAGAUAUUUGUUUCUUUUGCUGUGUAUGUAUUCUGUUGCAGGUCUCCAAGAACAGUUUUAGGAUUAGGUUAUCAUUUGCCUUGAGUAUCAUGUACUGUAUGUACUGUGUAUAGUAUAUGCAGUAGUAAUGUGGAGGUUAUGUAUGCUGAACAAAUAUAAACUUUUGAAUAGUAGGGGUGUGUGGUAUCUGAGCGAUCAUUCCAACAGAAGAUUUGUGUUGAGUUAUGAUGGGUUUUAGGUGAUUUACACUUGUAGAUCCACAUAAGAAGUUUUUUUUUUUUAUAUUUUAUUUAAUAAUAUACAGUAUACAUGUAUAUCACACAUAAUUGACGUAAUCACAAUACAUGAAACCAUUUAUAAGAAAACAACAUCCUUAUAACUAACGGGUGACAACCUACUCAGCACUGCAUACUUCCACAUAAGAAGUAUGCAGUGCUGAGUAAGACCCAUGUGCAACAGUUCAAUAUCUUUAUUGUCAGACAAAGAUGCCAAACUGUUGCAUAUGCAUCUUACUGGUCAGUACUGUAUACUGUUUUCAUAAUUAUAAUGAGUAAUGUUUUAGGUAAAAUUUGUUAGGUAUUUGCACAAUGUGAGUGUUAAAUUUUAGUUUGAUGUAUUUUUUAAAUUUUUCCUUCAUCUUGUCUUUCGCUUGUUAUUUACCUAACAUUCAAUUGAACAUUUUUAGCUUUAUUCCCAAAUACUCUGUAGAAAUUCUUAUCAAUAAUGAGUGAGUGUUUGCCAGCACUGAAGUACAAUAGAUAUCUUUUUACAAGCUUGUCAUCAUCUGUGUUGAGGACAACCAGAUCUGUAUUUUAGAUGACAAAAGUUGUGCCAUCUGCAAAUAUGAUUGGUUUAAUAACUAUGGUGCAUGUAAACCUGGGUUAUUUUAUUGAAAGAUGUUUUGCCUGUACAUCAGCUUCAUCAGUCUGUUGCAGAGGCAGUAGACUGGAGCUAGUGGAAGAGGCAACGAGAUGCACCAGUUAAAGACUGUCACAUGUGGGUGGGAUUCACUAGUCGAAGUAGGUAGGCGUCUACAAGGUGGGCCAAAGAUUUAACAGUGAAAUUGUAAUGUGGAGAACCAGGUUGAGUUAAUGGAAGGCAUUAGAUAUUAGGUCCUCUUAUUAUUUAGAUAAACAAUAAGAGGACCUAGUUUGCUUUCUUAUGAUACCCCUUUGUUUGCAAGGUAUGGGUAGAAAGAUCAUUGAUGUAGAAAAUAAAUAAAAAGGACCUAGGAUACUUCCUUUGCUAACCAUAUGUUGCUAGGUAUGGGCAUGGUAAAUAAACAUUCAACAGAUCAAA